ACAAAUCGAAACGCGGUCGGCAAACAAUUUACGCCUCAAAAACUCGUAAAAAACAUGUUAAAACGUGAAGUUUUCAAUGAACAUGUGCAUCGUAGUGCAGUCCGGUUUCAUUGUGACAACGGAAGCAGUGAAAUUUACACCUACGGGCAGCUGUGGAACGCGGCGAAAGUUGUGCAGAAAGUUAUCGAGAAAUGGCAGGAGCCGGGCGUUGUUGUUGGUGUGGCGCUGAAACAUUCCCCGGCGCUGGUUGGGGUCCUGUGUGGAAUUUGUUUAACGAAAUCUGCAUUUUGCUGCUUAAAAAUACACAAAAAUAUUGAGAAAUACCAACCUGCUCAUUACUUUGCCUACCAGCACGAGCUCGCUAGCCUCCAAAAGAAUCACAACUUCGAAAUCCUCGAAUAUCUGUACAUACUCAGCGAACGUGUAGUUCUGCUUCGCAUCAAAACCGAAACCCUUCCUCCUCCGCUAAAACCCCAGGACAACAUUGCGUACUGCGUAGUCACUUCCGGCAGCACCGGAACACCCAAAUUCGUGCGAGUUCCCACCCAAUGUAUCCUCCCCAACCUGGAGGAACUACAGCAGAUAUUCCGUCUAACGGCCGAUGAUCGUAUCUACGCUUCGGCUUCACCACCCUCGUUCGAUCCCUUUAUAGUAGAUGUCUUUCUCGGAUUGAGGUGUGGUGCUUGUCUGGUUCUUGUCGAGGAAACGAUUCGACUUGACGGUGAUCGCUUGCUGAAGGUACUGUUUGGUGAGGGUGGGAUCACCUUUCUGCAGAUUACUCCGUCGCUGUUGCGACGCUGGAGCUGGACUAGUUUGGAGCGCAUUGUGCUGGGUGAAGGGAGUCCGCUGAGAUGCCUCGUGUUGGGAGGGGAACCGUUUCCGGAUGGUUUGGACAAACUGAAGAAGAGUGGGCUGAGGAUAUUCAACAUAUACGGCAUAACGGAGAUGUCUUGCUGGGCGACCAUCGAGCAGGUACUUCUCGGAUGCGAAGGUCAGGUGGCUUUGGGAACACCAAUAGAUGGUAGUGUUGAGCUGGAGUUGCGUGACGUGGAAACGGCAGAGAUUGUUGAUUUGAACUCGACGGAGUGUGUUCGAGGAGAGCUCUAUUUGGGCAGUCGAGUCCGCAAGUGCCUGGUUGAUGGCGAGGAGGGAAUGCUAGAGAGUGAGGAUGUUCUGUAUCGAAGGACUGGAGAUUUGGUGGAACUGAGAGCUGAUGGCAAGUACUAUUACCUGGGUAGAUGUGACGACAUGGUUAAGCGAUUCGGUGUUCGAGUCAGUUUAGCACAAAUUGAGCAGGUAGGUGAUCGAUACCAGGAAUUAACGAAGAGCUUCGCAGUUUUCGAUGAGACUAGUCACAAGUUACUGCUACUUUACACAGCGAUUGAUAAAGAGUUUGACGAGCAAUCGUUGCGACAGUAUCUUCGAGUAAAUCUACUGGAAAGUCAUCAUCCCGAUGAACUCCUACAAGUUCAAAGCUUUCCACUAACCGCUCAUGGAAAGAUCGAUAGACAACUGUUGAAGAAGCGAUACUUCGAUAAAGCUGACGUAGACACCUCAAAGAAUCUUCAGGAUUUCUUCGUUGAACAGCUGCUCAAACUACUAGGAAUUCAGCUGAACUUCAGCCUUAAAGAUCAUGCUACAAAGCGAGCCAAGCUCGAUCGCGAAUGCUCCUUCGUUGACGCCGGUGGAACUUCGAUGCAGGCAGUUCAGCUCGUCACGUCGGUUCAGGACCAGUUCAGCGUAGGUAUACCUAACUUGAUCGGGAUGCUGUUGGACAAAACCGUUUCCCUGAAAGAGGCCGCAACAUAUCUGGAUGAUGUUCGUUGCGGAUCAGAUCCACCACCUUCGAAGUCAACGCUGAGGAUCGAAGUCGCGAUCGAGUUUAGAUUCGACAUGGGCAAGUGCAUCGACGCUACUCCAACCAUAUUCAAGAGCGUGAAAAGAAAUCGAACGAUCGUUGCCGUUGGAAGUCACUCCCACAGGGUGAUCGUGCUGGAUUUGGACAGCGACGAACUGGUAUCGGAACUGGUACUUCCCGAUCGUGUCGAGAGUUCGGUUAGUUUUCUAGCAGAAACGGGUUGCGGUUUGGUUGGUUGUUACGAUGGACUGCUGUACUGUUUUGACCUGUGGAGUGGCGCGAUUCGGUGGAAGUUUGACUCUGGAGGCAUGAUCAAGUGCAAAGCGCUGGUAGGCGAUUCGAGGAUCAUCUUUGGAAGCUACGCUGAGAAUUACAACCUAUUUGCGUUAGAUUUGGGAGGAUCACUCGUAUGGAAGCUAUCAAUUGGGAAGAAAGGUAUUCUAUCCUCGCCGAUCUCGCUGUCCAACGGAACAGCAUUCGUGGCUACUUUGGACGGAUCGUAUUGCUCCUUCGCUACAGCAGAUGGCACAAUUCAAUGGUCUGGAAAACUCGAAUCUCCGGUAUUUGCGACUUCCGUCUUUGUGGCUCGUAGCGAGGCGAUUUUGGUAGCUGAAGUAAGAGGACUGUUGCAUUGUUUCUCAUGCCUAGAUGGAUCUCAGCUUUGGCAAAUUUCGGUCAAUGGAAACAUUUUCUCCACACCAACAGUAAUACCACAAACAGACCACGUAGAUAUUGUGUUUGGUUGCCACGAUAAGCAUCUCUACUGCUACAGUUGGAAGGAUUGCGCGAGUCAUGAACCGCCUGAAUUAAGGUGGAAGUUAAGAUUGCAGUCACCCGUAUAUGCAGGGCUAGUUAUAACGAACAAUGUAAUUGUAGCUUGUAGUACUUCUGGUUAUAUUAACAUGAUCUUUUGGACUAAUGCUCAGCUAGUGGGAAUGAUAAAGCUGGAAGGAGAAGUUUUUUCAACGCCAGUUAUUGGUUCGUUAGAUGUUGUUUACGUUGGUUGUCGCGAUAAUUAUCUCUAUAAGUUAGAUAUAAGUGGACUAAGUGAUUUGGAAAAAUAAUGAUCAGGUGCAAAGUAAAA